GGAUGGGCUCAGACUCGAGUGGGUGGGGCAGAGUUGGGACUAGGACUGAGGGGAGAGGGUGGGGCAGGGGCUCCCUAGGCUGUGGUCUCAGAUGGACUUGUCAUCUCUUGAGUACAAUUACGGGGGUGUCAGAAGGCGGGGCAGCCGUGCUACUUCUGGGAGAUGAGAGCCUAAUUGGGCGCGUGCGGGAUGUGCCUGUCCCUUGCCCUCGCUGACCUCAGCCCCUUGAGCAUCGGAAUGGGGACUGGACAAAAAAUCCUGUAACUUCCCUUUCAGACCUGGCACUCCAUUUCCCUGAAAAUUGUCAGCUUUGCACUGGCUUCCAGAGGUUUCAAGCAGAGAACAGUCCCCUCCCCAGAAUUUUGAGUGCUGAGGGGCAACACAUUGACUGUAAUGACAGAGACCCGUAGGAGACUUGGGGCCAGUGACCACCUGCAAAGCUCCCAGACCAGGGGAAGCCAUGAGCCCUUCUGCUCUCGGACCCAUCUCCAGGGACCCCGGGGACUGGCAUGAGCAGCCAAGCACGUGGCCCCAGGUAGUCGGGCCAGAUGUGGCCUGUCCUCUUCAGAGGCCCUUCCCUCCUCCAGACUACAGACAUCCCAGGGGCUUUAGUGAGGUACCACUUCUCACCCAUGGUUCUCAGGACUGCUGAGGACAUGAUCUCAAAUCCUGGACCCCACACACUCAGGAGACACUUACUUAGUGCCAGCUCUGGCCAGGAACUGUCUCCUGGUAUCUCCUUAGACACGGUGCCUCCUAGGAAUCUCCCCCCACCCUCUGUCUGCUAGCUCAUACACCUGCCCCAACAGCUGACAUCCCCCGCUUUGCUCAGGGAUUGCAUGAUUUUAUAACCAUAUGAAUUUCUCACAGCCACCCAGCUGGGGGACUGCUGGAAAUGCAAACCUUGUCCCCUGACUCCUGGCCUCUGUGUCUUCUAUGGCUCCACCAGCUUUCCAGUCUGCUGGCCUCAGUGUGCUCAUGCCCUCAGAGAUCUACUCCCUCCCUGUGACCAGUUCUAGCUGGGAACCCCUGCUGGGGUCACCAUUUCCAUCAGGCCCAUGCUCCAGCUCCUCAGAGGCCCAAGCCACGGCUGAGCCCCCUGGCCAGAGCCCCAAAAACCCAUGUGUGUCCAGUGUGACAGUUCAGCUGGAGAUGAAGCCUCUGUGGGAAGAAUUCAACCAGCUGGGCACCGAGAUGAUUGUCACCAAGGCAGGCAGGAGAAUGUUUCCCACCUUCCAGGUGAAGAUUCUGGGCAUGGACACACUGGCUGACUAUGCCCUGCUCAUGGACUUCAUCCCACUGGAUGACAAGAGAUACAGGUAUGCCUUCCACAGCUCGGCCUGGCUGGUGGCAGGCAAGGCUGACCCAGCCACGCCCGGCCGUGUGCACUUUCACCCCGACUCACCGGCCAAGGGUGCCCAAUGGAUGCGCCAGAUCGUGUCUUUUGACAAGCUCAAGCUGACCAACAACCUCCUGGAUGACAACGGCCAUAUCAUUCUCAACUCAAUGCACCGCUACCAGCCCCGUUUUCAUGUGGUCUUCGUCGACCCACGCAAGGAUAGUGAGCGCUAUGCCCAGGAGAACUUCAAGUCCUUCAUCUUCGCGGAGACCCAGUUCACAGCUGUGACAGCCUAUCAGAACCACCGGAUCACCCAGCUGAAAAUCGCCAGCAACCCUUUUGCCAAGGGCUUCAGAGAGAGUGACCUGGACUCCUGGCCUGUGGCCCCACGGCCCUUGCUCCACAUCCCAACCCAAAGUCACAACAGCCUCAGUCCCUGCCUGCUGAAGGGCCCCAAAGAGCAGGACAAAGACCUCAACAAAACUUCAGCCACCACCUCCAGGACCCCUGCCUGCCUCCACCAACAGCUGCUGCCUCCCACUGAGGCCCUGCUAGCCCCAACCACCUACAGGCCCCUUGCUUACCAGGCCCCAUACCCUGGAGUUCCAGUCCACCUUGGGAUCCCAAGAACCCGACCAGCACCAUACUCUAUUCCCAACAUCCGGGCUGAUGGGAAUCAGGGAGGCCUCACCCUCCCAACUGGGCUGGGGCUCCCGUCCUCUACCACGAUGUGCCUGGAGCCUGGACAGGACUCCCAGUGAUGGCAGAAGCCCUGUGGAAGCCCUCCUACUCUGGACCCUUACCCCGUGAACCAGCCUCUGUACCCUCCCAACCCCUCCUCUUGCAGACUCCUUCUCCCAAAGAAAGGAGAGCAGUUGGAAGCCCUCAGAGGAAGGCUACCUGCCCAGCCACAGCAAAAUAGUCCCAGGAUUGGAACCAGGCCUCCAACCUGCCACCCCUACAACUAGGAGUCCGUCCCCUCCUGCCUUGGGUAUGACUCUUCCAAACCCAGUUUUACCUCUCCCUUCUCCUCAGCAUUAAACUAUUUG